AUGUCUUCAGGCGAUAGCCGCAGCCUUCGGGCUUCUUAUGAGGCGUACAAACUCUCAACGAAUUGCUUCCUGGGAUGGAUGGUAGCUCAAUACAAAUCUGCGAGGCCUGGAGACGAUAAUCCACGUCCGAUUACUUUUACCAGUGACAUUGUCAAAGUUGCCAAGGUUCUCCACGAGUCAAACACUGUUGUUCCCCUCUCCGUUAUUGGAGCUCUUCACCAUGCCAUCGAGAAGCGCCAAGAAGUCGGGAACAUUUAUAAGCACUCGGGUGCUGAGGAUCCCAGCCAUGACCACUUCGUCAAGAGACUACAGGAGACCUCCCGUAUCUUGAAGCCCCUUAUGGAGGCAUCGAAGAGACUUCCCAACUCAGAGAUUCCAGGCAUCGACGCCGUGACGCUCAACCAAUUUGCUGCACUCGCAUUGGAAGGAGAAGAACAUAACGACGACGGCGAUGUUUCCCCGAUUCUGCCUAGCACCUCGAAAGUCACUGCUGCACCCCAUAGGCGAUCAGCCAAGGGCAAGGUCGUUGUGCGUCAGCAACAUUGCAAGGUUGAAGUUUUCCUCGAAGACGAUGACAUGUGCCGAGUUUUCGAGGUUUCGUUCCUUCUAUACCAAGCUGCGUUGAUGCGCGACCAACUGAUGCAGUUCUGGACCGAGGCUGCGAAAAGAACCCUUCCUAUUCCCGUCGCAGCGUGGCUUACCAGCACGGUGUUCUUGCUUGGGAAUCAGCUCGUCGGUGAAUACUUUCCCUCGAUCAGCGAGGAGAUGCACGAGUACUGCGUCAAGGUCUUGAAGUUUCUUGUCGCGCAACCCGAGAUCGACUCCGAGAUCGACGGAUUGUUCAACUUUCGCCGCUUUUGCGACUUUUACGACUUCAUACAAUCGUGGAAACGUAACAGAGACCAUUUCGCUCAACGCGGCGACUUGCUCAAGGCCGAACACGACAAGGUGCUCAUCCGAAGAGACCCUGACACUCCCCAUGUUCAGACAACUCCGGAUGGCAAAUAUGACGAGGAGCAUAUGCUAGGGGCCUUGGAAGUUUUGCAAAAUUCAUGCGAAUAUUGGAAUGAGAAACGCCCGGUGGAGCGACUGGAAGUCCACGAGAAAGCCUUCUUGGUGCGAGCCGGAUCGUCUGAGCCGCUUCUGUUUUACCUCACUGAUUUCCAUGACUGUGUAGACGUUCCUCCCCCAGAGGAAGAGCAGUCUGACUCAAUGGACCCGCCAGACCAUACUGCCUCGACCGAUGUACCGUAUCUUGCCCCCUUGGCGGGGCUAAUCCUCGGCCUGGAUCUGCUCAUAACGACGUUUGACAUUUUUCGCUGGCCGAAUGGAGAGUCUAAUGAAGAUCUUGAUGCAAGAGACACUGCUCUCGAUCUCGCAACUCAAAUGAGAAAUGCGGUUGACUCCUCGUCGAAAGUCGUGAGGGCCUCCCUUGACAGCGUUUCCUACACAGCUCUGUUGGAGAAGAUGGACGAGUUCCACGGGGCCCUGGAUGCCUACGCCACCGAAGACUGUACCCAAUUUUACUACCGAGCCCCUUGGACCGCUGGUGGACACAUGGGAGAGAUGCUGUUCCAGGCUCAACAUAUGGGCAGAUACAUGGUCGGCUGUUGCACCGGUGGGGGUCUGUGUAUAGUCCCGGCGACACUUCACCUCUAUAACGCCCUCCGGCGCUCCGACUUCAACCUCGCCGAGAUUCCGAUCAUGGAGGAAGUAUGCAACCUCUUCAAGGUCAACGUCUUUCAAGGGGACUUGCCUGACAGAAACUUCCUCUCUAUCUACCGUCGAAUCGUGUACGGCGGACCCCUCAAUAAGACCAAGUCCGCCAUCGAGUGGAAGAGCAACAAGUCCAUCGUCCCGCCGCUCUCGUCUAUCUUUUGCGACCAACACGCCGUCAACCACAAGACGGGCCCCGUCUUCCUGGCCCGGAUCAACGGGCAAAGCGCCCCAACAACCAAAGCCGAGGAAGAGAAGAUUGUCAAGAAGAGCGCAUCGCAGCCGCAGCCGCUCACGACGGUGAUUCACAUGGCCAAAGAGACGGUCUUGGCAGAAUUCAACGGGCCUGUCCCCGUGGCGCGGAUCAACUACUUUGCCAUCUUUGACCUGUGUGUCAAGGUCCUCGAGAACUUUGGCAAGAUCAUUGACGAGAGCGAUUUGAAGGAUGCAGUGAAGUUUAUUCCGCCCGUUGAGCUUCACGCGAUUCGUGGAAUGUCCAUGGUCGACUCUGUGCUUGACAUCAUCGUUGACAAUUCCAAGACAUACCGCAAGAGAAAGAAGCUGUCUGAACUUAAAUGGCUGGUGCAUGCAAGCAAGGCAUUUGAAGUUGUAGAUAGAGACGCAACUCUGUCGCAAUUCUUGUGGAAUGUUUGA